CAAGAGCAAACAUGGAAACCCAGCUUUGACAAUGAGUCUACAACACUUUCCUCUAAACUACACUGUCUUAAAAAGCCAUGUAUAACAAAAUGUCUAGGGUGCCGAGGCAUUUUGGACUAAGCUAUGAUGAAGAAUUGAAGAUGCUGAAGGAACUUGAGAAGGUUCGAAAACAAACUAGGGAAGAUUUCCUUAAAUUCAAGCUGGUGCAGAAAUCGAAAUCAAAGCGGAGUCUGCUACCCUUUUCAGCUCUACCAAGAGGUUUUAAUAAUUACUCUUCCCAGAGUUCAGAUAGUUCAUACCAAACAAUCGCUAAAGAUAAGUUUGUUCCACCUGAACUGUACUCUUCUGUACCUCAAGACAAAGAAAAACAAAGUCAUGAUCUCAGAAGGAAGAUUCAAGGAAGUAAACUACCCUUCAAAAAAAGCAGAAAGAUGACAUCACUUGCUGAUAGACCUGGACACCAGCCGUUAUGCCUCAAAGAAUUUUAUUUGAAAAAUACUGUUAACAUUUAUCAGCGUUCAAAGGAAAAACCAGUGAUUGCCUCAUUAGCCGGCACUUCUAAACAAGCAAUUUUAUUUAAGCAGCCAGCCCCUCCUCGCAAGUCUAGAUACCGACGAGUUAUUUUUCGGAGAAAGUCGCCAAUCUUUGAGUUCCCUUGUGCUUCGAGAAAAAGCGUCAGAAAAAGUGAACCACCUUCUCUUCCAGAAUCAUAUCGUACUGAAGAAAUCAUAAGUAAGGAACCUAUGACAAGUGAGCAAGAGGCUGAAAAGAUAUCUCUGAGAAAAAGAAGAUGGGUGGGACCUCGUAAAGAAGGUAUUUCUUACAGUUUUCUGACUGAGAAGAAAAGGAAAAAAAGUCUCAUCUCUAGCGCUGUAGUAGACGUCCAAAUGCAGGAGUUGCCAGAGACAGAAGUUCCAACAAUAGAAAAGGAGGAACCCCAAGAAGAGGAGCCCGAAAAAAAAAUACCCUCAAAGCCUUUGUCAAUGAAAGACAUCCCAAGGUCUAUUGAGGAAAUAAUUGACUCCCUUCAAUCUGAACGCCAGUCGGCAGUGGACAAGAUGAUCAAAGAUCUCAUAGAGAGUGUCCUUGGCCAAAACUACAACAUUAAAAUGGAAGAGGUAUCUUUAAUUACGAAGUAUCAAGAAAAGGAUAAAGAAGCAGCAGCAGCAACAGAAGAGUCAGAAGACAAAGAAAGUACUGCAGAAGUUCUAGUGCCGCCAGAGAAAAUUGAAAGAAUGGCUGAAGAUGAGCUAAGUUCUCUACAAACUGACUACGAACUUGAUGUAGAAGAGCCAAAAGCUGAGCGAGAACAUGUGGAACUUCUUCAGACUGUUUUAGAUACCAAGAUUCUGAGUGAACUACCUACACUAUUGGAUACUACACAGAAUAAAUUACCAAAAUGGAUACCUGGUCCUUUCCAGGUUUCUCAUUUAGAAUCUUUGAAAAUAACAGGAAAGACAGCUAUGGCAUCCCCAAGAGCCAAACCAAAAAGUCAAAUAAGAAGAUUCCCUGCAGAGGUCUCACAGAUUUCCAAAGCAACUUCAAAGAUUCCACAUAAGCAGUCUAUUCAUACUCUUCAUAAACUAUGUAUUGCUGCCCCAGAAUUUGUGUUACCUACUGAUUUACAACUGGCUUCUAAGAUAUAUCACACUAAAGACAAAGCAGGCCACGAUACUUUUCUUAGAAGGGAUAAAAGAGACUCUGCAGAUGAUUCUAUUAGGAAUGAAAAAGAAAAAAACAGAAUACUCUAUGGAAUUUCUACUACAGAACCUGAGGAUAAUAUUUGUCCAGAAACAUCAACAAAUUUAGUUAAAUGGAAAAAAACUGAUGAAAAACCAUCUCUUCAUCUCUCUGGAGAAGAAGUAUCCAUGUAUCCAGGAUCUGUGAAAAUGUUUUGGGUUCCAGCUCCCCCAAAGUUUUCUGCUCCAGUCUCUCUUAUAAGGCAAACCUUAUACCCACAGUAUGAGAGUAGUUGUACAUUUAAAUAUGUGGUGGAAAAGCAGUUUUCUGAGAGUCAAGAGAGUUUUUUGUCAAAGAAAAGACAUAAAAAGAUUGAACUGCCAAAGAUGAGAGUCAGAAAAAGUAAAUCUUUCUCAAAUUUCCAGAAGAUUACUGAAGGAGAAGCUGAGAAAAGUCCUAAGAGAUCAACAUCUGCAUUUAAUUUUACUAUGCAAAGAGAUUCAAUAUUACCAAUGAUACCAGAUGAUCUGCAAAGUAACAUGAAUGAAAUAAGGAUUCUGCAAGAGCACGUUUUAAACACUAUGGCUUAUGAAACAAACAAAGACAUUACUGCUGAUGAAAAUUUGAAUGUGACUGAACCUUCACAUUUACAAAAUGAGUUAAUCCAGCCCAGUGAACAAAAGGAAACUAUUCAACUAGAACCAGCUCGAAAAACAAGAACUAGUUACAUUCUUUUUCCUAAGAGAAAAAGGAGGAAAUUAAGGAAAAAGCUGAAUAUUGAAAAAAUAAAUUCAGUGCUUAAAGAAUUAUCAAAGCCUCCAAAGACUCUUGAAAGAUCAAAAUCUCUUGUCAUUCUUCGGGAACAGAAGAAAUUUUUUCUCCAUGUGCCUAUAUAUUUUCGUCGAAGUCGCUGCCCUAGUCUGCCUGCUGUGUUAAAUUUUAAUGAAUUUGUCCAGAAGCAUGGUGGAAUUCCAAAAAACAAAGACCCUCAGCAAUGGGUUUUGGACUUCUGGGUUCAAGAAUUACAAGACACACUUCCAACUAAAGAAUCAGAACAUGUUGAGAAGGAAAUCAUUCAAAUUCCCAUUGAGCCAGUCAAACCUCCAGAAGAAAAAAAAAUUCUAAAAAUAGAAUUAGAUGAUUUCUCAAAUCCAGGACUCUCUGAGGAGGAUAAAAAGCAUUUAGAGUGUGAAAUAGAGAACCUGACUGAAGAAAUAAAAGAGAAAAAGAAAAUGGCUGCUUUGCUAUAUUGCCGACGUGGAGCUAUUUAUAGGAAGUUAGGCAAAUUAAAGAAGGCCUUGAAUGAUCUACAAGAGGCUAUAUUCUUAGAACCUCUGUUACUUAAUGCUUACUGGCACCGACAUUUCAUAUACCUUUUCCUAGACAGAACUGCUGAUGCUUUAGAUGACUUAAAUUAUAUAACUAAAUAUAAUAAAAAUAACGCAGAUGUCUAUUUAUCAAAGGCUGAAAUUUUCAGGAAAAAAGGUAAUUUUACAUUGACACUGCUAAAUUAUACCCAAGCAAUUAAGUGUAGGCCUACAGAUGAUGACAUCUAUUUCAAGAGAGCUGAGAUGCUUGGUAUAGAAAACAAAUUACUGGCCAUGGGUGAUUAUUCCAAAUGUAUUUAUUUUAAUCCUGAAAGAACAGAUGCUUUAUUAAAACGUGGCCUAUAUAAUUUUGAAAGUUCCAAUUGGGCUGCAGCUAUUCAAGAUUUUUCCACUUUGUUGAAAUUUGACUACAAAAAUGUUCAUGCAAGGACAUUUCGUGGCAGAGCUUUUUUUAAAAAAGGCCAGUAUAGAGAAGCAACUGAAGAUCUUUCGGCUGCAAUUCAUUUAGAUCCUAAUAAUUGGUUAGCAUUCUAUUAUAGAGCCUGCAUAUUGAGAAAGAGUAACCAAAAUCGAUCUCUUCAGGAUUUCAGCGUGUCAGUACUCAUCAAUGAUACUAUUGACAAUCUUCCUGCUUUUCUACAUCGUGGCAUCUUAUAUGCAGAAAUGAGUCGUUGGGGACUGGCAGUUGCUGAUUUUGAAAGUGUACUUGAUCUAGACAGAAGCAUAAUUUUUGCUUAUAUAAAUAUUGGCAUCAUAUACCUGUUGCAUAUGGACAAGUACUUUGAAGCAAUUCAGAAGUUUACAGAGGCUAUUCAAGUUGAUCCUUUAUGUAUUCAAAGCUAUCUUUGUCGGGCAGAAACUUAUCAUAAGAUACAUAAAUUACCACAAGCAGUGAGAGAUAUGUCUCGAGCUAUCCACCUCCAACCAGAUGGAAUCCAGUUGUAUAUAAUGAGAGGACGCUAUCUACUUGAGAUGAAGCGGUAUGAUCUUGCAAAGUCCACUAUUUUCCAAGUAGCACGAAUGAACAAAGGUUCCUUUGAGUUGUCUCCUAUUCAACAAUCAUUGGUUUUUUCCUUUUGUAAUCAACACAAAGAAGCUCUAAAAAUCUUAUUUUCAGUCACAUUGUGUAGGCCAGAGCCUGCCAUUUAUAUGCUAUUAGGAAAAGCCCAAAUGAAGGCUAAAAAAAUACAGAAUGCUGUGAUAACUUUUAAAAGAGCUUUGGAUGCAAUAUCUCCUACAGAUAAGACACCAAAGGGAUCAUUUCUACAAGCAGAAUGUCACUAUCACUUAGGUCUUUGUUACAUGGAAGAAGAUUUUUUCCAAAUGGCCUUUGACUCUUUUAACAAAGCAGUGAAAGCAUAUCCUGAAUAUGCUGAGGCCUUUUAUCAACGAGGCCUUUGUAAAGUAAAACUUCAGAAGGAUAAAAGUGUGCUGGAUUUCAAUCGAGCAAUUACCAUUGAUCCAAAGCAUUAUCAGGCAUAUAUAAGUCGUGCAGCUUUCUAUGGACUGAAAGGGAGAUAUUCCAAAGCAAUUUUGAACUGUAAUGAAGCAAUCAGAAUUUUUCCUAACAGCGUGAGAGCCUUUCUAUAUAGAGGAGUUUUGAAAUUCUACAACAAGACUUACAAGCUUGCAAUUAAAGAUUUAAAUAUAGCUAUCGCCAUGAACAAAGCCUGUUUUCUGGCAUUUUAUAACAGAGCAAUAUGCUACAACAAAAUAAAGGAAUUUCAUUUGGCUUUAAAGGAUUAUGGAAUUGUUCUUCUUCUCAACGUGGGAGAUGACAUAAAGGCAAAAACUUUAAUUAAUCGUGGCUUAAUCUACACAGAACUGAAAAUGAUUGCUAAUGCAUUAGAGGAUUUUAAGGAAGCAGUGCAGAUAAAUAAAGAUGAUGCUAACCUGUUUCAAGCUGCUGGAAUUUGCCAUCACAGAAUGGGAGAGUUUGAAGAAGCUGUAUGUUCAUUCACUCGUGUCAUUGAACUCAAUCCUUUUUUUGUGGACGCAUAUGUUGGUCGGGGAAAUUCUUACAUGGAAUAUGGUCAUGAAGUAGCUGAUAAACAAGCACAAAAGGACUUUAUAAAAGCCUUACAUUUCAAUCCAGCAUAUUCAAAAACCAGAAUUAGCCUUGGAUAUAAUUUACAGGCUCAAGGAAAAUUUCAAAAAGCUUGGAAUCACUUUACCAUUUGUAUGGAUAUUGAUCCAGGAAACUGCCUGGCAUAUGAAGGAAGAGGAAUAGUCUGUCUUCAGAUGGGCGAUAAUUUUGCUGCUAUUCAAGAUAUAAAUUCUGCUCUAAAGAUCACUAUUUCUGCAGAAUUUUUAACAAAUCGUGGUGUGAUUCAUGAAUUUAUGGGUGAACGGCAUAUUGCUAUGAAGGACUAUCAGGCUGCACUUUCUAUAAGCCCUGAAUAUUCUCUGGCUUAUUUUAAUGCAGGAAAUAUCUAUUUGCACCACAGGCAAUUUUCCCAGGCCAGUGAUUUCUACUCCAAGGCAUUGCAAUUUGACCCACUAAAUGAUUCUGCAGUUUUGAACCGAGCUAUCACAAAUAUAAUACUACAGAAAUUUGAAGAAGCAAAACAAGAUUUUAUAAAGGCAAUACAUCUCUGUCCUUUUUGGGCUGCAGUGUAUUAUAAUAAGGCACACUUAUACUACUGUUUACAACAAUAUGAGACAGCUGAAGAGGAUCUUAGUAAAGCUUUAUCAUUACAACCUAAUGAUCAUCUGGCAUAUAAACUUAGAGCAGACGUUCAUGGAAAAAUGGGUAUGAUGGAAGAAGCUUUGAAGGAUUACAACCAAUCACUCGACCUUCAAGAAUUUGCUAAAGUUUAGAUUAGGCAGUUUGAUUUGGCGAUGCAAAAUACCACAGAGAAACACCAGCCUUUCUUCUCUAAUCUAAAAUCUGUUUUUGAAAAAUAUGAAUUUGUAUCACUAUUGAGUGAUUUUUAAAUUUUCAUAUAAUUAUCAAAAUAAUUUGCAGCUUAAUAUUUAUUCCAUCCUUUGAUUUUUAAAUUACUAGAUUAUCAGUUACAUAUGUUUGUCAAGCCCAAAUAACUGAAUUCUUGAUGGCAUUUAAUUACUGCUCUGUCUUAAGAACACUAAAUUAUUGAAGAAUUAGGAAUUUAUUUUUAAAGCAGAAAUUUAACCUAUUAUACUUAACCAGUCAUAUGUCUGUAAGAAAAAAAAGUAUCAUAUCUUAAAGGAGCCAAAUAGUAAUAUUUUCACAAGAGUUUAAUUUCUCUUUAAA